CCCUUAAAAACAAACGGCAUAUGGUUGUUUUCCCUUUGUGCUGGUAAAGAAGAACGGGAUGGACCGCUAUAUAAGCAAGAGCGGAAAAGUUAAACUUUACAUCCAGAAUGACUUCCUUAUAUCCAUUCGCACUUUUCCUGACAGUUUUUGUCGUCGCCGAGGGAAAUUCAUUGUCCCGUAUAAUCGGCGGCGUAAACGUUCAAAUGAGGGAUCACCCAUGGCAAGCCUCACUUCAAAGGAGCGGUAGUCACAUCUGUGGUGCUUCUUUCAUCGACAACAACUGGCUCGUUACGGCCGCUCACUGUGUAAACAACCAGAACAUUGGGUCGCUUACAAUAGGCUAUGGACAUGCAAGCAGAGGUAGCCACCGUUCGGCUACUAUACAAGAGAUAAUUAUGCACCCCGAGUAUACAGAAGAUGGCGCAUCGGGAUAUCCUCAUGACAUUGCUCUUUUACGGUUAGCAAGCCCUGUUGUAUUUGGCUCAGAGACCAACAAGAUAGCUCUGCCGAGUGAAGACAUUAAUGCGCCACUCGACAAUUGUUAUAUAACAGGAUGGGGCUGUAGCAGCAUGAUAUUGGGAAUUUGUUUUACUACACCAGACCUUUUGCAAGGAACCACAAUUUCUGUGUUAACUAAAGAAAGCUGUAACUCGGCCUGGACAUCUAUAAACAUCUUAGAUGUACAUGUCUGUGUCACCGAGUCAGGCAAAUCAGGAUGCAGUGGUGAUUCUGGUGGACCGUUGUCAUGCCAACAAUAUGGUACUACAGUACUGGGCGGAGCUACAUCCUGGGGUUCAUCCACCUGCUCGACAACUCUUCCAACCGUGUAUACUCGUGUUAGCGAGUACGUGCCGUGGAUCCGUAAAACCACCGGGCUCCAGAAAUAAAAUUAACAUCAAAGCAAUUCCUAGAUCUUGGAUCGUUUGAAAAUAAAAUAAAUCAGCAUAUUACUUUC